CAGAAAUUGUGGCAAGUGCGAACACAACUGAGUUGAGAGCUCAGGGCGCGAGUGGAAUAAAAUAUUUGAAAAGUUUCCAAAAAAUUAAAUAUAAAUCAAAAACACAGAAGAAGAAACCACGUGCAAAUAAUGAGCUAUAAAGAGUCGGCUAUUUUGUGGCUGUUGGCCCUGCAUUGCUGCAUAUCGUAUGGCGCAGCCAUACAGUGCUUUGUGUGCGAUUCGAGCGACAAUCCCAGUUGUGCCGAUCUGGGUUCCAAUUCGAGCAUAGUGCCGGAGACCUGCACUUUGGACAAAAUGAAGUCACUGGACACCUGGCUGUUUGAUCUGAACAAGUUCUCCUACUUCGAUAAUGGGGCCAACAAGAAUCCGCUAAUGAAUUGCCAAAAAGUUGUGGCCAGAGAUCCUGACACCAGAAAGAUCGUAACGGCUCGCUUUUGCCAGCUGGACACUGGAGACUCGGAUGCCUGUGAGAUUCUACGAAGCAAGCUGCGUAUCACCAAUGCGGGCGACAGCAGUCGCGAUCAGGGCCGGCGGGAGCGGGACCAACAGCAGCGACGCAAGGGCCAGCAGGGCUAUGGCUAUGGCCAGGAAUCGGCCGAUAAUGACGAGGAAUCGGAGGAGGAUACCUUCUUCUGUGACAUUUGCAGAUCGGAUCGGUGCAACGGGGCCGCGGCAGUGACGUUGACUUUGGGUUCGGUGGCGGCAAUCCUUUUGGUAAACCUAAUGCCCGGACUAAUACACUGUUGAAGGAGGUGUUGGUGGAUGUAUGGGUGGCUUAUUGGUAGCGUUGGUUGCAUUUAGGUUGAGUUACCGUUAGCGUUACCUUUACCGUUGCCGUUACCGUUUACUUUGUAAAUAUUUGAGUGCAAUGUCGUUGAUUUGAACAAGCCCUUUCAAUGGCACUCGCCCUCGUCUCCCCCCAUCUACAGACCCACGCCUGACCCUGCCCCACCUCUCUCUUUACCUCUCCCCAACCCCUAGCCAUGUAAGCACACACACACACACAAUCACACACGUUCCAAUACACCGAUACAGUCCCACAAACACAGAUACAGACACAAACUCGACAACCUCAAAGAGAGAAAAGCUCAUUCUCUUUUAUUCAAAACAAAUAUGAAAACUUUCAAUUACCACGAGAUGAGAUGUUGAUGGAAGGGAAAAUGGACCUCUAAGGGAUAUGCUUAUCCAAAUAUGUACUACAUACGAUCCCAUAUAUCCCAUAUAUAUCAAGGAUGGAGGACCUGUUCCAUUAGCUCUUAUUGUAGCUUUAUUAUAUGUUGAUUGUUAUAUUGAUAAUUGUUAGGGAAGAUGAGUAUAAGAAUUCACCGAUUGCCUUUAAUUUUCAUAUUCAUAGCAAGCAAUAUAGAUGGGAAUUAUAAACAUUAAUACAUAUACAUAUGUAUUCUUAGGUAACUUUAAAUGUGCUUAAAUCGGAGAAAACAACUCUAAGAGAA